AUGUUGUCUGUCACUAGCUUUGAAAGUAUUCAAGACCACGUCAGCCAUGUACGCCAAGUGUUUUUCUCGGGAAAGCAACGUGAUUUAAAGUGGCGUAAACACCAAAUUCAACGUCUUUAUGAUCUCGUUGCUGAGAAUGAGGAACGUCUUAUUGAAGCAAUGUAUUUUGACAUGAACAAGCCUCGUAAUGAAGCUCUUGUCGGUGAUAUUGCCCCUGUACUCGACGAAUGCUUGUUCUUUUUAGACAACUUGGAUGCAUUAGCCAAGGACCAAAAAGUCAAGCCAAGAUCUAUCAUCAACAAGACUGCAAAAGCCAUUAUCCGCAAGGACCCUCUUGGUGUUGUUCUCAUCAUUGGCUGUUGGAAUUACCCAGUUCAAUUAUCUUUGUUGCCUCUGGUAGGUGCCAUUGCAGCAGGUAACUCUGUCAUUCUCAAGCUCUCUGAAGUCUCUCCUUAUACCGCCGCAGUCAUCACAGACCUUUUUCCCAAAUACAUGGACACCAGCUGCUACAGAAUCGUCAAUGGCGGUGUGGAACAAACAACCGCUUUAUUAAAAGAGCGAUUCGAUCAUAUCUUUUACACUGGUAAUGGCACUGUGGGCAAGAUCAUCAUGGAAGCUGCUGCCAAACAUUUAACUCCCGUCACUUUGGAGCUGGGCGGUAAAUCUCCCGCUAUCAUCGCUAAUGAUGCUGAUAUGCAAUUAUCUGCUAACCGUAUUGCCUUCGGCAAGUUCUUUAACACUGGACAGAUUUGUGUAGCUGUCGAUCAUGUAUUUGUACCUGAACACCGUGUCAAUGAAUUUGUGGCAGCUAUGAAAAUCACAUUAAAGAAAUGGUACGGACCUAACCCUCAAGAAAGUGAAUCUUAUGGUCGUAUUAUUGCAGACAGACACGUAGAUCGUAUUGAAGCUGUAUUGAACAACAGAACCAGUGGUGAGAUAGCUAUCGGUGGUCAAAUUGAUAAAUCAGACAGAUAUAUGGCACCCACUGUUGUCGUCAAUGUAAAAUAUGAUGAUGCUGCUUUAAUGAGUGAUGAAAUUUUUGGUCCCAUUUUACCCGUUAUCUCGUACAAGGAGAUUGAUGAAGUCAUUGGUCUUAUUAACAAGAGAGAGCCCGCUCUUGCGCUUUAUGUUUUCACAAACAAGGAGAAGCUUGCCGAAAAAGUCUUGAGAAACACACAAUCCGGUGGUGUUAGUGUCAAUGAUUGUUUGGUGCAUCAAGCAGAAUACAGCAUGCCAUUUGGUGGUGUAGGUGGAUCUGGUAUGGGCAAUUACCAUGGUGUUAAAUCUUUUGAUACAUUUACGCACGAAAGAUCCAUGUUGGUUAAGAAGCAAGCAAUGGAAGGCACUAAUAAUGUCAGAUAUCCCCCUUACACAAGCCGUAAGCUCAAUAUUUUGCGUGUGGUCCUUGUGGCUCAUCCUUGGAUGCUCAAAUUGAAAGCCAAUAAGAGCCCUCUCAAGGUGCUUGCUGUCUUUUUAGCCAUCUUAUUUUACCUUAAAAGAAAAUAA